AUAUUAAGUAUAUUUGCAUAUAUUCGUAUGUAAUAUUAACUACACAUGUAUGUUUUAUUUGAACAUCAUAAGAUAAGAUAAAAGUGAGCAAGGUGCCAUUUAACAGACGGUCUAUCACAGUAGAAUUGCGAAUAGGACGGCGCCAUGAUAAAAGUGAUCAUGCUUUUGCUUCUGUUGUUAUAUCCUUCUACAACAUCAGCUCUUCAAUGUCUAAGCUGCCAGAAUGUUUCUGACAAACGGGAUUGCCACAAUCUUAUGUUUUGUGGUGCACACCAGGAAUGCUACACUAACCGUGUUAUUGAUGGCAGUGGAAGAAAUCUCUACAAUUUAGGAUGUGUAGAUCAAUAUGCAUGCAGUCAACUUUCCCAAAGUGGACUUGGGAGGAGGGAAAUGCAUUCUACAUAUUCUGAUAUCGAAUUCUCAAAUUUUGAUCACAAACGCAGUGUUAUAACUACCUGUUUUCAAUGCUGCAAUAGCUCUGACGGAUGUAACUUAAACACUUGUGGAAUAGCUCUUAGUCCAUGUGCAACAAAUCCCUGCGUUCAUGGCACAUGCUCUGACCAAAGCAACAAUGAUUUCCGAUGCUCAUGUCACAACGGAUAUAUUGGUCGACUUUGCGACUUUCAAUUUACAGAAAUAUCACCUUGUGCGAGCAAUCCAUGUGUCCACGGAUCAUGCACUAAUCAAGGGAGCGGAUAUAGCUGCAUGUGUGACUCGGGCUAUACCGGAACUAAUUGUGACCAAGCAAAUCCUUGUUCAUCAAACCCGUGCGUUCAUGGUUUAUGUUCAGUCUCAGGAACAGCGGCAAAGUGCACGUGCUCUGUGGGAUAUAUUGGCACGCUGUGUGACAGACGGGACCCCUGUUCAGCAUCACCAUGUGUCCAUGGAGUCUGCUCACCUCUUACAAAUGGAGCCUUCAAGUGUACAUGUAGAUCUGGCUUCACUGGUCCUCUCUGCGAUGGAGCGGUAAGUCCUUGCUUUACGAACCCUUGUGUCCACGGAACCUGCACAAACAUCGGUAACAACUUCCAGUGUUCCUGCCUGACAGGAUUUGUAGGGAAGUUGUGCGAUCAUGUUGACCCCUGCAAAGUAUCCCCCUGCGCUCAUGGUGUAUGUACAUCUUUAACGAAUGGAACAUUCCAUUGCACCUGUAAUUCUGGAUUUACCAGUCAUCUAUGCGAUAAAUCACAGAAUCCCUGUACAACUAACCCUUGUGUUCAGGGAACGUGUUCAGCUUCAGGGAAUGCAGUCACUUGUUCUUGUUACCAAGGUUACGUCGGAACCUAUUGUGACAGACCCGAUCCCUGCAAAAUUUCUCCAUGCGACCACGGGGUAUGUAGCUCAUUGACAAAUGGGACGUUCUAUUGCACGUGCAACUCUGGGUUUACCGGGCUUCUGUGUGAUGCAGCUGCGAGUCCAUGUGCAACAAAUCCAUGUCAGCACGGCACGUGUACGAAUAAUGGUAACAGCUUCCGGUGCACGUGUCAGUCCGGAUUUAUAGGAAGCUUGUGCGAAAAGCGUGACCCCUGCUCAGCAUCUCCGUGCAUGCAUGGUGUAUGUUCGACACUUAUCAAUGGAACUAUCCAGUGUACGUGUAGUACUGGGUUUACUGGACUGCUCUGCGACAAAGCCACAAGCACCUGUACAACCAAUCCUUGUGUACACGGAACUUGCUCAGCUUCCGGGAAUUCGUAUCAAUGUACCUGCAUUAACGGAUUUGUAGGACCAAAUUGUGAUAAACCCGAUCCCUGUCAAUCCUCGUCAUGCGUGCACGGUGUUUGUACAACUCUGCCAAGCGGAGCAUUUCAAUGCACGUGUUCUUCUGGAUUUACAGGUCAAUUCUGUGACGCAGCUAUAAGUCCUUGUACAGCAAAUCCUUGCACUCACGGUACGUGUUCAGCCCGUAGAAAUCACAACUUCCGGUGCGCGUGUCUACCCGGGUAUAUUGGCAGACUUUGUGAUCUGCCUGAUCCAUGUUCGCACUCACCCUGUGUGAACGGCGUAUGCACUACCUUGUCAAAUGGUACUUUCACAUGCACGUGCAAAACUGGACAUACCGGGCUUCUUUGUGACAGAGGUGAUCCUUGUACAUUGCUACCAUGUACGCAUGGGCAGUGUUCUUCUGGACAGAGUGGUGGCUUCCAUUGCACAUGCGCAGUGGGAUACACAGGCGUUUUGUGCAACACUCCAAUAUCAUCUUGUGCAAGUAAUCAAUGUAUCCACGGAUCUUGUACCAACAAUGGGAAUGGAUAUACCUGCAAAUGUGACUCAGGCUAUGCCGGAACAAACUGUGACCGAGUUUUAACCUAUACAUGUCUCUUUGGAAACGACCUUCCGGUACCACAGGACGGAACGCUGGUCGCUGAUUGCGGUCCCCAUGAGACAUGUUACCUAGAACAAUAUAUUACCCCUUCUGGGUACGUCAGAAACAAGGUUGGCUGUAAAGACAAACGGUUUUGUGGUGCGUCAACUGUCUCGGCACCGAACAUGGGAAUAUGUAGUGAUUGUUGCUCCGGGGAUCUGUGCGCUGCAACGUUAUGCGGAAAUACAGGGUGGCCAAGCAACACAGGACCUAUUUGUUAUCAUUGUGACUAUAAUGUAGACAGACCUGAACUGUGUGAUACUUUUAGAGUCUGUGACAAGGACGAGUCUUGCGGUGUGAACCAGGUGUCUGGCGGGAAAUAUGAAGUGAAAUGUGUGAAACAAGCGACAUGCAGCCAGAUGUCAACCUCCAGCGCAUGCGCAUCUUGCUGUAACUCUCAAUUGUGUAAUUCAAAAUGCAAUGCACAAACACAAAAUACAGUCACCUCUCCAUGUUCAUCAAACCCGUGCCAUCAUGGCACGUGUUCAGCCAAUGGGAACACAUUCCAAUGUACCUGCAAUCAAGGAUUUGUUGGAAAAUUAUGUGACAGACGUGAUCCUUGUACAUUGUCACCAUGUACGCAUGGGCAGUGUUCUUCUGGACAAAGUGGUGGCUUCCAUUGCACAUGCGCAGUGGGAUACACAGGAGUUUUGUGCGAUACUCCAAUAUCAUCUUGUGCAAGCAAUCCAUGUGUCCACGGAUUUUGUACCAACAAUGGGAGCGGAUAUACAUGCAAAUGUGACUCAGGCUAUGCCGGAACUAACUGUGACCGAGUCAUCAAAGACUGUAAGGACAUCCAGGACAACAAUAUUGUGAGUGUUACAGGCGACAAUGUAUAUCUAGUUCACCUUAAUGGAAACCCAGUGAACGUGCUCUGUGACAUGAAUACGCUAGGAGGCGAUUGGACGGUAUUAAUGAAUCGUGAAAAUAACAAACAAAACUUUGAAGAUCAAGAUUAUUCGGCAUAUGCAUCUGGCUUUGGAGAUGUUCGUGAAAACUUCUGGACAGGUGGAAAAGGCAAAGGAGAAAUGCUGCAGUUAUGUAUGGUGGGAGCAAGUGACAAAUUAUGUACAUGGGAAGCAGUGAAAAAGACAGUUUCAGCUACAGAUGGUGUAACGAAGAGGAGAUGCUGCAUUAGUUGUUGCAAUGAAGAAGACAGUUCAGCUACAUAUGGUGGUAACAAUGAAGAGAUUGCAGUUACUUAUGUUACAACGAGAACUAGUGAAAAGAUAGUUCAGCUAAUAUGGGUGUAG